CUUCCGAACCGGGCUCCACCCGUUGACCCGUCUCCCUCGCUCCCGCCCGCCCUCCCUCUGGAUCCGCUUUUCUCUCUCUCUCUCUCUCUCUCUCUCUCUCUCUGUUCGAGUUCUGCUUCACCCACCGCCAUUGUUGCUCGAAAAUGGUUCACUGCGCUCGAGACUACAAGCUCCGCCGCAGCCAUGGUUGAAUUGUUCGCUGUAAGCGUCGGGCGAGGCGAAUUCUGGCGAGUCAGUGGCUGCUUUUUCAAUCCGGCGGCGAAUGCUCAUCGGACUCGCUUCUCUUCUUCCUCUUUUCUGCACUGAAAUAGGAUACUGCUCUGUUUAUUAUGUCUGAUUUGGUGGCCCGCACGGGUCGGCAUCAGCAGCGCUACGAAGCCGGUUGUCGCCUUAUCGCCGGGUGUAUUCCAUUUAAGUAUCGAAGUUCUGACAGCAGUGAUGAUGCCAGUUCUGAGAAGAUUCUUGAGGUUCUUAUGAUUAACUCACAAAGUGGACCAGGUCUUCUGUUUCCAAAGGGAGGGUGGGAGAAUGAUGAAACUGUUGAGGAGGCAGCAGUGAGGGAAGCUGUUGAAGAAGCAGGAGUUCGAGGGGAUCUAAUGGGAUUUCUUGGAAUUUACCAAUUUAAGAGCAAAACCCACCAAGAUGAGUUUAGUCCAGAAGGUUUAUGUAAAGCCGCAAUAUUUGCUUUGCUCGUAAAGGAGGAACUUGACUCAUGGCCAGAACAGAGCACACGAACUAGAAGUUGGCUAAGCAUACCUGAAGCUGUUGAGCGUUGCCGGCAUCCAUGGAUGAGAGAGGCCCUGGCUGAUGGCUUCUCCAAAUGGCAUGCUGAAAAUAUGAUUAGUGCAGGGGAGGAAUGCCCAGAUCAAAAGUGAUUUGGUUAAGCUGCACAAGCAAAAGCUCUCCUGUAAUUCUUUCUUAAUUACUCUUCCCCGUGCAUUUUUUGUAUGUUUGUGUGUCCACAUUUUAUAUACCUCUCCGACAUUUUUAUUCGGAGGGGAAAACAAAAUUUUUUUUAGGAUCUGCGUCAUUAGAGAACUGCAUUACAUAGACUUCAAAAUUUACAGAUUUUGGGCCAAGAUUUGUGCUGCUUCUAGCAAUAUUUGAGCUAUUAUAAUGUUGGAAAAGAAAAUGACUAACAUGCUUCUGCUGAUAAA